AUGAAUGAGGACAUUCAAAAUCGGGCUUUACUCUUGAUCGAAGAUAUGUGUUGCCUCAUGUCCGGUAGUUUAUUACUAGCGCCAAAUCGUGGAAUGAAUGACGCAUUUAAUCGAGAAUUGCAACGGAAACGCGAAUAUGUUCACGCGGAGCUAGAUUUAGUAGUUCAAACGAAUCUACCCCUGUUGAAUUCCCAACAAAAGGAAGUAUAUUAUACAUUAAUGAAGGCAAUUGAUGGUGGAAAUGGUGGUUCAUAUUUCCUGGAUGUCCCUGGUGGAACUGGUAAGACAUUCCUCAUGUACAAAGUUGUAACAACACGUCAGCAGUAUGCCAGUUUGUUGGAGCUAAUAAAGGAGAAGGCAGAAAUUGCUCAGGGGUUCUCCAAAUACUCAAAGGAAGAGGUAGCCGAGUUUUGGCAAAAUGUUGCGAAGCAGCUUAACAGUAUAGGCCCACCAACCAAAGAUGUAUCAAGCUGGAAAAAGGUGUGGUUAGAUUGGAAGGCUUAUAUAAAGCGAAAAUUGUCCGAAAACAAGAGGGAGCAAACAAUCUGUGGCCGAUAUAAGCAGCACCACCUUACUGAGAUGGAAGAAGAAGUCAUUAUUCUGACCGCUUUAGAGACCAGCACGCACGGUAUCACAGGCACAGUAAGUGUGGCACUACCUGCUACUGUCGAAGCAGAGAAUAGUGGACCCGAUCCGAACGUAUCCAUGCUGUCGGAUAACUGCAGUCCUUCUUUCACUAGACGUGCACCAACUGUCCAAAAGCGAGUCGAUACAAGUACUGCAGAUCUUAUUAAAGAGCAGCUAGCCCUUCAAAAGGACUUUGAAGCAAAGAGUCUGCAGCAUUUUGAACAGCAAGAUAUGAAGCUAGACAAUCUCUCUUCGACUACCCAGCGAAUGUGUUCGGCACUGGAAAAAAUGUGCGACCUAAAAGCAGCCGACCUGGAAGAAACGCGUAGGCACCAUAGAAACAUGGAGUGCUUGAAUGCGGCCAAAAAUCAAAUAAAACAACAAAUGUACAAAGUUGUAACAACACGUCAGCAGUAUGCCAGUUUGUUGGAGCUAAUAAAGGAGAAGGCAGAAAUUGCUCAGGGGUUCUCCAAAUACUCAAAGGAAGAGGUAGCCGAGUUUUGGCAAAAUGUUGCGAAGCAGCUUAACAGUAUAGGCCCACCAACCAAAGAUGUAUCAAGCUGGAAAAAGGUGUGGUUAGAUUGGAAGGCUUAUAUAAAGCGAAAAUUGUCCGAAAACAAGAGGGAGCAAACAAUCUGUGGCCGAUAUAAGCAGCACCACCUUACUGAGAUGGAAGAAGAAGUCAUUAUUCUGACCGCUUUAGAGACCAGCACGCACGGUAUCACAGGCACAGUAAGUGUGGCACUACCUGCUACUGUCGAAGCAGAGAAUAGUGGACCCGAUCCGAACGUAUCCAUGCUGUCGGAUAACUGCAGUCCUUCUUUCACUAGACGUGCACCAACUGUCCAAAAGCGAGUCGAUACAAGUACUGCAGAUCUUAUUAAAGAGCAGCUAGCCCUUCAAAAGGACUUUGAAGCAAAGAGUCUGCAGCAUUUUGAACAGCAAGAUAUGAAGCUAGACAAUCUCUCUUCGACUACCCAGCGAAUGUGUUCGGCACUGGAAAAAAUGUGCGACCUAAAAGCAGCCGACCUGGAAGAAACGCGUAGGCACCAUAGAAACAUGGAGUGCUUGAAUGCGGCCAAAAAUCAAAUAAAACAACAAAUGUACAAAGUUGUAACAACACGUCAGCAGUAUGCCAGUUUGUUGGAGCUAAUAAAGGAGAAGGCAGAAAUUGCUCAGGGGUUCUCCAAAUACUCAAAGGAAGAGGUAGCCGAGUUUUGGCAAAAUGUUGCGAAGCAGCUUAACAGUAUAGGCCCACCAACCAAAGAUGUAUCAAGCUGGAAAAAGGUGUGGUUAGAUUGGAAGGCUUAUAUAAAGCGAAAAUUGUCCGAAAACAAGAGGGAGCAAACAAUCUGUGGCCGAUAUAAGCAGCACCACCUUACUGAGAUGGAAGAAGAAGUCAUCAUUCUGACCGCUUUAGAGACCAGCACGCACGGUAUCACAGGCACAGUAAGUGUGGCACUACCUGCUACUGUCGAAGCAGAGAAUAGUGGACCCGAUCCGAACGUAUCCAUGCUGUCGGAUAACUGCAGUCCUUCUUUCACUAGACGUGCACCAACUGUCCAAAAGCGAGUCGAUACAAGUACUGCAGAUCUUAUUAAAGAGCAGCUAGCCCUUCAAAAGGACUUUGAAGCAAAGAGUCUGCAGCAUUUUGAACAGCAAGAUAUGAAGCUAGACAAUCUCUCUUCGACUACCCAGCGAAUGUGUUCGGCACUGGAAAAAAUGUGCGACCUAAAAGCAGCCGACCUGGAAGAAACGCGUAGGCACCAUAGAAACAUGGAGUGCUUGAAUGCGGCCAAAAAUCAAAUAAAACAACAAAUGUUAGAAGUAGAAAAUAAGAGCCUCGAAGCGUUGUCAAAAAAAAAAAAAAAAUAA